UGGUUGUGAGAUACCGUUAGGGUUUGGUUAAUGGCAAAAAGAAGAGCUAAAAGAAAUGUUACUAAAGCAUCUGCAACACUUUCCAGCAAUUUAAAUGAUGAUCAUCAAGAGACACAAAUCGAGAAGCAACAGCUUGCAUUAAGCGAUCAUGAAGUUGAAUGCCAAAUCGCUCCUAUUAGGGCAAUUCGUGAUCUGGAGAUAGAGCGUCUUCUAAUUAGGUUGCGAUUACUUCGCUCAAAUCUCAGUGAAGAACAUCUGAAAAUCCCUAUACUACAAUUUUUGAAAGAAAACUUACCAAAACUGUCAGUGGUAAGAGAUGAAAGGAACAGACAAUUUGAGUUGGAAUGGAAGGAUAAAGAUACCAACUUGUCCAUUAGCCACACCGACGAUAGGAAUAUACGUCCAUCUCUUUUGCAAUUGAUGUCAAUGGCUUAUCCUGAUUGCGCUACUGAAAUUCCAAAUUGCAAUGGCUAUGAGCACUUAAGUAACACUGUGAAAAUGAAUACCUUCAGUGGUGCAAACCUGCAGAUACCAGACUUUGUGUGUCCACUCUCCGCUUAAGUCUAUGCUACUGUUGUUAUCAUGAAACUUCAUAGCAUUGUUUCUCUAUCCUCAUCCUUCUGAGCUUCUCCUGUUUUGAAAAAUAUUUAAAUAUGUAGGAUUCGAAGGAGCAGUCACAUACUCAGAUGCUUCAAUUACAAGAUUCCUUUCCUAAUCCUGGGAUGAAUGCCCAGAGCUCUUCCAAUGGCAUGAAACCCCAAACACUAAGGCUACCAAAGCAUGGUGAGAUGCUUUUAUCUGUCCGUGGCUCGCCCCUUGGAGUUUUCAAUGAGGAUAACAUGGAAGCAAUACAUGAAUCAGAAGAAGGUUAACUGGUCUGGAAUUGUUUUAGUUACAAGUAAUAACUGAUGGCUUAAACUCAAACAUUGUUUGUUAUCUCAAAGUUGGUGUUGA